AUGUGCACCUCCACAAUCCGCACCUACAGAUGCGGCUGCGUCCUCGACGAGUCCACGCACCGGUGCACAGAAGCCACUAACCCCGACACCGACACCGAAAAAUGCCCAGGGUUAGUCGUAGAACACACCGGCAGCAUCGACGAGCCCUGCGCCAAGUGCGCGCGACUCGAGGAGGAGCCCGUAGAGGUCUACUCGGACGGGGCGGUGUCGGAGUCCGAUGCCGAUGUCGAUGCCGAUGCCGAUGCCGAUGGGUACGAGAACCUGAACAGGACGGGGCCGGGCACCAUGCCCUACACCUCCGGGGUGUGGGAGCGGAACCGGCUGAUCAUGUAUGACUAUGCGGACUGGGUGAAGUCGAGGGGUUGUCGGCGGGGAGGUGGGCAGCAUGGCAGCAGUGGAAAUGGCCCGCCGCCGCCGCCUUCGGCGGAUGGAUUUGAGGAUGAUCAUGUUGACUAA